ACUCGGCAUAGCUCUUUAUUGAAAAUGGGCGCCUUUAUGUACAUCAGUGAGUUGUGGAAGAAGAAGUCUUCCGAUGUGAUGCGCUUUAUCCAGCGCAUCCGCUCCUGGGAGUUCCGUCAUCAGCACACGGUGGUGCGUCUUCGCCGCCCGACGCGCCCGGAGAAGGCGCGGAUGCUGGGCUACAAGACGAAGCAAGGCUUUUGCAUCUUUCGUGUGCGUGUGCGCCGCGGUGGCCGCAAGCGCCCAGUCCACAAGGGCAUCACCUACGGCAAGCCCAAGACCAGCGGCAUCCUCGGGAUGAAGCUCAACAAGAACAACCGCGCGAUCGCGGAGCAGCGCCUGGGCAAGCGUUUCGGCAACUUGCGCGUGCUGAACUCCUACUGGGUGAACAUGGACUCCACGUUCAAGUGGUAUGAGGUCAUUGCGGUAGACCCGAUGUGCAAGACGAUCCGGCGGGAUCCGCGCGUGAACUGGAUCGUGAAUGCCGUGCACAAGAGGCGCGAGCAGCGUGGCCUGACUUCCGCCGGCCGCAAGCACCGCGGACACUACCACAAGGGCCACAAGGCCUCCAAGCUCCGCCCCUCUGCCCGCGCCGCGUGGCGCCGCAACAACCGCAUGGUCUUCCUGCGCAAGCGGUAAGGAAUACAUUUUAUUGGUAUGCUGGUCGAAUCAUUUCUACUUUUAUUUAAUUAUUAAAUAACAGCUGUGUUCAGGCACGAUUUUUUUCCGUUCUUUUAU